AUGCCAUUAUUCUUGCGUAUUGUCGACCGUCUUACUGCAGAAGAUCCUUAUUUCCGACAAAGAAAAGAUGCCACCGGAAGGCUUGGCCUAUCCCCGAUCCAAAAAUGUACUGCAGCAAUUAGGCUAUUGGCAUAUGGUGGCGGGUGUGAUACGGUGGACGAAUAUGUCCGACUUGGUGAAACGACUUCUUGUUUACGUUUGCAACAUUUUGUCACUGGAAUUAUCAAUUUCUUUGGCGAUGAAUACCUAAGAAGACCCACACCAGAAGAUCUUCAAAGAUUACUCCAUGUUGCAGAAGAACGUGGAUUUCCCGGGAUGGUUGGAAGCAUCGACUGUAUGCAUUGGGUUUGGAAGAAUUGCCCCACAGCUUGGAAAGGUACUUUUAACUAUCUUAAUGUUCUUGAUCGAUCUCCCGUUUUUGAUGAUAUACUUUAUGGUCAAGCUCCACAAGUUACCUACUACGUUAACGGCAGAGAGUACAAUUUGACUUACUAUAUGACAGACGGUAUUUAUCCGAACUGGACAACUUUUAUUCAAUCCAUACCACUACCACAGAGUCCGAAAGCAUUUUUAUUUGCUGAACGCCAAGAAGGUGCCCGAAAAGAUGUUGAGCGUGCCUUCGGUGUCCUACAAGCUAGAUUCGCCGUAAUUAAAAAUCCAUAUCUUUUAUGGGAUAAAGAUAAAGUCGGAUUGAUUAUGAGGGCUUGUAUCAUACUCCACAAUAUGAUUGUUGAAAAUGAACGAGAUGAAUACACUCAAGCUAACGUUUCUGAUUUUCCACAAGGAGAUGAUGUGGAUCUUUCAUAUUCUAUCGAUAUGGCUUUAAAUAUCAGCAAUGUGCUGAAUGGUCAAAUAAUAAUUCGUGAUAGAGAAGUGCAUGACCAAUUGAAGCAUGAUUUAGUUGAACAUUUAUGGACUAAAUUUGGAGAUUAA